CUACACAGCCGGCCCGGCGCAGUCCUCGCACGGCCUCCCAAGAGAGCGUAGCCUCACGACACGACACACACGCGAUGGCGGCAACCGACGAACUCAGCGGCAUCCUCUCGCGGAGACAAGAAAUCAACGAAAAACUAGAAGAAGGCCUCGAAAUCAAACCCAAGUACAGAUUCGUCAAUGUCUACACGGAAUUCCACGAGUUCUCCAGGAAAGAAAUAAAACAAUACGAGUUGACCUUCAACAAGUUCGAUGAAGGCCACGACGGUUACCUGGACCUCACAGAGGUGAAGCGCAUGAUGGAGCGGUUAGGCGCGCCGCAGACGCACCUCGGGCUCAAGGCCAUGAUCGCGGAGGUGGAUGAGGACCAGGACAGCAGGAUUAGCUUCAGGGAGUUCCUGCUUAUCUACAGAAAAGCGCGAGCAGGCGAGCUCGAGAACAACUCCGGGCUGGAGGCGCUCGCGCGGCUCACAGAGAUCGACGUGGACCAGGUCGGAGUCAACGGCGCCAAGAACUUCUUCGAGGCCAAGAUCGAGGAGCUCGCCAAGACCAACAAGUUCCACGACGAGAUUAUACAGGAACAGGAGGAGAAGCGACGGGAGGCCGAAGAAAAGGCCGCCCGGAGACUCAAGUUCAAGGAGAAAGCGGCCUUGUUCCAACACUAACAUCACACCAAAUCACUGAGCAAUGUCUAGUCCGUAAGCUGUUACCAUGGCUUAUAACUUCGAAUCUACAAACUAUUUACUAAGUCUUGUUUAGAUGAAUUUUAGAUUCUAUUGUAUCUACACUUCUGUUGCUUUUUCAAGGUUUACGUAAAAUCGCAGUCAAUAGACAUUGUCAACAAUGUAAACAAACCAUUAUAUAAAAUAUCAAUAUUCUAGCACAAUUUUAUUAUUUUAAAGGUUGAGGAUCAUAAUGUGAUAUGAAUUGAUUAAAUAACACAUGGAUUUAGCCAGUAUCUGAUGAGUUGGAAUGGAAAUUAAAGACAUUUUGACUGCAAGGUUUGUUUACAUUAUUCACAAGUUCUAUUGACGGCGACUCUAACUUCUAUUUACAUACAAAUUGAUUGUUACGAUCAAGUUAUAGUUAGUAUUACAUUUUUAGUAUUAAGAACUGCAGAAUUAAUGUCAAUGCCUAAUUAAAUUAAGUUAAUGUUCUGUAGUAAAAAAUAUAUUAUACAUGUUUCGAUGAAAAGUAUAUUUAUAAUGUGGUAUGUCUGCAUGUUGCCUUGUAUGUUUACAUUAGCAUAGAAGAUUUUUUUAUACUUAACUUACUUAUUGAUGGUUAAAUGUGAUGUAAAUGGAUUAUGUGUUAAGGUUGUUUGAAUAAAAUUUAUUAAGUAUUA